GUUUGGCUCAAGAAAAGGACGUCAUUCUGAUGUGGAGUCUGGAUAUUCUCUCUAUUCCACUGACUCUGAUGAUCAGGUUGAUACUAUUCAUAAUGGACUUGACCGUUGUGCGGCUUUACUGAAGAGUAUCUUACAAAAUGAGGCUACAGGAAGGGAGACUAUCCAUAAACAACCUGGGAAAGCAACUUCCAUUAAAACUACCUCCAAGCCUUUGCUAACCAAAGGAAAUGCUUCCAAGAAGAAAGGGCUGAAAAAAACCAUUACUCCUGCCCACAUCCGAAAAGAAAUUGUGCCAAUGUCAAAUAGAAGACUUGCUUUGUCCACCACACCUUCUACUGAGAAGGAACUUUCCAGUGCAGUGCAGAAUCAGAUGGUUCCACCAAUUCACGUGCCUUGCAGUCAACACUCUCCUGUGAUGCAUCAGAAACUGUGCGAGCAUGUGCAAACUCAGAUGUCUCUGAUAACUGGCCAACCACCACAGAACAGUAAUGAAAUUCCUACUGUAACUCCUUUUCCUACCUCAAAUCACGGAUGUCAAAAUGUUACAGCUUUUAAUUAUCGAUUACCUACCUCCACAUCAGCUCUGUCCCUGCAGCAUUCAACUAAUACCUUAUCUACUCAGUCAGACGUUCCUGUAGACAGUGGCAAUGAGCAUGUGCCAGAGAUGGGAGGACCUGUGGUUUGCCCAGUAGUUUCUGCUGCUCCUACUACUGCUGCACAAAUACAGUCUGCCACUGUUCUUCCUACUGUGAUCCCUUGUAUAGCAUCAGGUGUAUCAAAUAACUCUGCAGUGCCGACAUUCAUCCGGUCAUCUUCUGGCAGAGAGAUGACCCCAAACCACGAGCAACAGAGAAAAGAAGCAGAUUUGAUAAGAUGCAUACAAGCCCACCUGGCCCUGUUACAAUCACACGAAAUGAUGAAUGGCAGCACUGAACAGAAGCACCAUCAUCAUUGUCCAGCAAAACAUAGUGCUUCAAGUAACAAGGAGGAGGAUACUUCUGAAGAACACAGUGAGGACACAGUCAGUGAAGAAGAGGAAUUGAAUGUACUUGACGUGGCCGCAGUGAGAGAUACAAGCUGUAAGACAAGUUUUGUGAAGAAGGUUUUGAAAUCUAGAAAAGAAAGUCCAGAAGAAACAGCCCAUAAAGUUAAGACUGUAAAAUAUCUUCUGGGAGAGCUCAGAGCACUGAUAACAGAUCAAGAUGAUUCAGAAAUGUUAAGGUUGAUGAGUGAAAUAGAAGACUGCGUAUCAUUGCUCCCAGCUGUAGUGGGAAGCACGAAUAUACAAGCUGAAAUAGCGCUAGCUUUACAGCCUCUCAGAAGUGAAAACGCCCAGCUGCGUAGGAGACUAAGGAUAUUAAACCAGCAACUCGGGGAACGAGAAAGAAGUGAGAAGACAUCUGGACAGAGCUGCAACUAUGAAUUAGUUUCUUUGCAGUCCUUGAAUAUGAUGCUCCAGAGUCAAUUGAAAGAAUCACUGAAAGGCCUUGAGUCACUGCAGGCUAAAAAUGAAGAACUACUUAAAAUAAUAGAAAGUCAGAAAGAAGAAAAUAAACAUCUUGCAAAAGGUAUUCAAGAUAAGGAAGAAGAAUUACUUGAAAACAAACAGCAUUAUGACAUUCAUUCCACCAAGCUCAAGAUUGAAGUGGAAGAGGCAUUAGCAAAUGUGAAGAGCCUUCAGUUCAAGCUGGAAGCUUCAGAGAAGGAAAAUAAAAUUUUGGGCAUAACAUUACGUCAGCGUGAUGCAGAAGUUAACAGACUGCGUGAAUUGACCAGGACCUUGCAGGGCAGUAUGGCCAAGCUUCUGUCUGACCUCACAGUAGACAACAUUAGACCCAAACCUGAAAAAGGUCUCUCGAAGUCUCUUUUAGAAGACCAUGAAAAGCAGAUGCAACCUGAUCCAUUUCCUGGGAGCACUUCAGUAAUGACUUACCUUAAAAAAUUAGAAAUGGAUCAUAUUUUGACAGAUACAGAGUUUCAAUUCUCAAAUAAAAGUGGACAAUUAGAAAUGCAAAAUCUAGCCUGUGAAAAGUUGGCUGCUGAAGGAAGUAAAAUAAAUAGUACCUUCUCAGAAGGAACAUCAACUCCCAGAAUACUACAGAUAUCUCCUAAGCAAGAUGCAGAAACGGUUAGCGAUUCUGGGACUUUACUCGAUGACCAAAACAAGUUAGAUGAGACUGUUUAUAUUCCACUGACUAGCAGUGCCUCUAAAAAACAGUUGCCAAUCUCUGAAAGAACUGGUGUGCUACCCCAAAGUAGAGGGGCUUGUAAGAUGUUGGACUACCACUGUGAGCUCUCAAACUCUGUGCAGCAGAAUGGAUGCGAGAUUGGAAAGGAUCCAACUAUUCUGGAUAAAUUAAGUGCUGGGUACAGCGUGAAAAAGACUUUGGAAAACACGCUUGAAGUUACAAGGGAUAAAGUGAAGCCAGAAGGAGAAAAAAUCCAAAUGAGGCCAAAAUGCACUCCAUGUGGAGCUGCAAAGGACUUGACAGAUAAAACAGACCAGCCUCAGCCUGGUACAUACCCUCAUGUACCAAUGCUAUUUCUGAAAGAGAUUUCUCAGAAAAAAGGCAGCGAAAUAGUUGAUUUUAGUUCCAUUUCAUUUGAUGAUGUAUCGGGGAAAUCUGAGUGGAGCGCAUCCUCUUUCUCAACAUUUACUUCUCGAGAUGAAGAGGACUUUAAGAACAGCUUAGCAGCCUUGGAUGCCAACAUAGCUAGGUUACAAAGAACUCUGCAAAAUAGCAUUAUGAAACAAUGA